GUUCAGGCAUAAGGAAAGAAACCCUUGUGGAAGGUCCCGGUCAUGAGAGGGUGGUGCCGGUGGUGUUGAUGUCAGCAUGGAGAGCCACAGCCUGUGGGACAUCCAUCCGGAUGACAGCUGAUCCCUGUGAAUCGUAGCGAGUCAGUUUUACUAUCGGGAACGAGGGACUAUCCACACUGGACACGUUAACUUUACUCAUUUUUAUAAACUCCCCCACCCCUAGAAAAUGGCGCUGUUAACCUCGGAGAAACGGGGGCUAAUUAAUUACACGUAGCUGGCUAGCCAUUCAGCAAGCUAAUUAUCUAGCUAGUGGAUGAGCUAGCUAAUCAAUUCUGGAAAAUCGAGUCAUCCGUACGGCGAAGGAUUCUUAGCUGAGAAAAUCCACGAUCGGGGCGCUUUUUAUUGAUCUACUGUCAACUCUGGAGACGGAGAAAACCAACCAGAUAGGUGCUGUGUGAUGGAGCCUGGCUCAGUGGUCCGUGCCGUGUUUGAGUUUCUCCCCAGCGUUUCCGAGGAGCUCCCCCUGUUUACUGGUGAUGUGAUCGAGGUCCUAAGUGUGGUGGACGAGUUCUGGUUGCUGGGCAACAAGGAUGGGGUCACAGGUCAGUUUCCCAGUACCUUCGUGGAGGCAGUCAGCAUACCCAGCGCUAAGCCAGGCGAGCGGCUGUACGUGUGCAUCAAUGACUUCAGCAGCCUGGACACCGGGAACCUGCCACUGAAGAGAGGUGACGUCGUGGUGGGGGAGGGCAGCGCGGAUGCCGCCUGGCUGAGGGGGCGGAGCUGCUGGGGGUCGCGUGGGGUCGUCCCCGCAUCCUGCGUCAAAGAGCUCCGCCUCUCCUGCCGCUCCCGCCAGCUGUCUCAGAAGGCCGCCGUCACCGCGGCGGCGAGCUCAGACCUCCCCAGCCAGGGCCAGGCCCGGGCCCUCAUGAGCCUGUCGGCCCAGCUGGAGGAGGAGCUGGACUUCCAGGAGGACGACAUCAUCACCAUCAUAGGUGUGCCCGAGCCGGGCUGGUACGAGGGAGAGCUGGACGGGCGCAGGGGCGUUUUCCCCGAGGGGUUCGUGGAGCUUCUUGCUCCCCUGCGGCUGGGCGGGGCGGGGCAGGACGCAGGGCCCUAUGAGAUCUACGAGGAGGAGGAGGAAGACGAGGAUAGGGAGUCCGCUCGGGUGGAGGAGGAAGAGGAGGAGGAUGAGGACGGAGUGUUCGGGGUGGCGUUAUACGACUUCCGAGCACUGGAGGCGGGCGAGCUCGACUUUGACGUGGGCGACAGGAUUCGGGUGGUGAGCACGCUCGAGGACGGGUGGCUGGAGGGGAGGCUGAGGGGCCGCAGCGGGGUCUUCCCCCACCGAUUCGUCCGGCUCGAGGACCCGCAGCUCACCCCCGAUACCAAGGGGCAGGAACUGCCCACCUUUGACUCUACCGCUUCCCUGGAGGGCAAGGAUGAGUAUGUGGCCAAUCACGGCCCUCCCCUGCCAGGCGUCCCCCACGGCGACAGACCCGAUUGGAGCAUCCAGGAGGACCACACGGUCUGGGACCUGGACUACUUCGAGCGCCGCGGUGGCGGGGACAGGAAGUGGGCGGACAGCAGCUUCCUGGACUCAAAGCCAGCUGAUGCGAGAGGGCGGCCGGAGUCGGCGCGCAGCUCCUGGGGUGGGGCCGCCCUGACGCCGCAGCGGAGAGACCUGCAGAGAACCAGCUCUGCCAGCCCUACGCCCCCAUCAAAGCCUCGCCUCCCCCCCCGCCCCAGCCUGCACUCUCUGAACAACAGGUUGUCCUUCGGUCGGAAAACGGGAAGCAAUGUGGGCGACUCUGAGUCGCCCCCGGCGCCCUCCACCAGGACCCUCAGCCUCGAGUUGGCUGGCCAGAAUGGGCAGAGCAACGGUCGGAACGUUGCCCGCGACGACUCCUUGGGCUGGGGCGAGAGGCGGAGCCCCCGCAAGGUCGCCCGCCACUCCAGCGUCACCGACUCAGACUUGUUGCUGGGUCGCACGGGCGAGCGGUUGGCGAAGCCCACGGGACGGAGCUCCAACGGUCUCUCCGGCUCCUUCACCCUCGAGAGCCUCUCGGCCUCUGCCCGGGACCUGGACGCCGAGCUUUCCCAGCAGCUCGCCGAAUUUGAGAAGGGAUGCCUGUUCGGCCCGGUCGGGGACGGGAGCCAGGUGGGACCCAGGGACGGGGCCGGCGGGCUGCAGAUAUCCCGCCACUUCUCCAUCCUGGACUACAGCAGUGAGAACGACAUCAUCAGGGGCUCCUCUCACUCCCCCGUGUGUCUCCAGACUGAGGUCCCGCCCUUCUUCUCCACCUCCUCUUCCCCUUUAGAGAGGCGGAAGGUUCUACGGCCUCCCCCGCCUCGCCCGAGGGUCAUCAAACCACAAGUGUCCCGGGCCUCUUUACUCGGGGGCAACCAUGGGCCGCCACUCUCCUUCCGACCCGCGAGGCCCGCCCCAAGACCUCCCCCACCCUGCCUGCGCCGGGACGGCUACGCCCCCAGGACCCAGCAAGGGGCCGACCAUGCCUUUGCAGCGCCGGAGGAUGAGGAGCAGGAAGAGGUGGAUCUGGAGGCUGAGGAGGGGCUGGAGGUGGAUGACCAGAGGGCCCUGGAGAGAGAGCAGGAGCAGUAUUCACUCCUCCGUCUGCAGGAGGUGGAGCGGGACAUGGAGGUGUACUCCAACACCAUGGAGGAGCUGCGGCUCAUGCUGGAGGAGGAGGAGGAUGAGACGGCCCGGGCCCAGGCCCUGGAGAACCUGGAGUUCUGCACCUACACCCUCGACACGCUGUCCCUGGAGCAGCAGCAGCUACAAGAGAUGACCCUCCUGUCUACACAGCCAAAGUCCAUAGAGUCUGCAUUAGAGUCUGGCCCGGUCUCCGCGGCGACCACAGAGGACCCCGAGCAGAGGAUGAUGGAGAAGAGGUCAAAGGUCAUUGAGGAGCUCCUGCAGACAGAGAAGGAUUACAUCAAAGACCUGCAUAUGUGUGUGAAGGAGAUCAUCCUGCCCUUGCAGAGGAAACCGGUGCAGAACAUGGAUUUCGAAGGCCUCUUCGGCAACAUAAACGCAGUGAUCGACCUCUCUAGACGGCUUCACAAGAGCUUGCUGGACACAGACUCCAUAGGAAACGUUUUCCUAGGCUACAAGGCAGAGCUGGAGGAAGUGUAUAAGAUCUACUGCCAGAACCACGAUGACGCCAUUUCUCUGUUGGAGGGCUACGAGCGGGACGAAUCCAUACAAAAACACAUCCUGGAGUGCUUGGAGAAACUCAGGGCGAUAUAUCGCGACUGGGGGAAGACCAACUACAUCAACCUGGGCUCGUUCCUGAUCAAGCCGGUGCAGAGAGUGAUGCGGUACCCGCUGCUGCUUAUGGAGCUGCUGAACGCCACGCCCGAGUCCCACCACGACAGGAAGCAGCUGGCCGAGGCCGUCCUGUCCAUCAAAGAGAUCAACGUCAACAUCAACGAGUACAAGAGGCGCAAGGAUCUCGUGGUGAAGUACAGGAAGGGGGAUGAGGACACGCUGAUCGAGAAAAUCUCCAAGCUGAGCAUGCACUCCAUCAUCAAGAAAUCCAACCGCGUCAGCAGCCACCUCAAACACCUGACCGGCAUCUCACCCCAGAUCAAAGACGAGGCGUUCGAUGAGGCGGAGAAGCGUUUCCGACUGCAGGAGAGGCUCAUCAAGUCCUUCAUCAGAGACAUCUCCCUCUACCUGCAGCACAUACGGGAGUCUGCCUCAGUCAAGGUCCUGGCUGCCAUCAGUUUCUGUGACAUUUAUACAGACCGGAACCAGGAGGACCCCGAGCACUUCCAGAGAGCACACCGCUCCAUCAGCGACAAGCAGUUCACUGAAUUUAAGGAGAGGACGGAGGCGCUGGUGAUCUCCCCUCUGACGCAGCUGCUCUCCAUGUUCGCCGGGCCGCACAAGCUGAUCCAGAAGCGCUUCGACAAGCUGCUGGACUACGACAGCUGCCGGGAGCGCGCCGACAAGCUGAAGGAGCGCCGGGCUCAGGAGGAGCUGCAGGCGGCACGCAACAACUACGAGGCGCUGAACGCCCAGCUGCUGGACGAGCUGCCCAAGUUCCACCGCUCCGCCGAGGAGCUGCUCACCGGCUGCGUGCGAAGCUUCGCCCAGACGCAGCGCGACUUCGUCCGCCUCACCCUGGGCCAGCUGCAGCCCGUCCUGCAGUUGUCGGGCAUGGCGGGGAUAGACGGGAACCUGGUGACGCUGUUCCAGGAGGAGCACGGGCGCGUGAUGCAGCUGCUGCAGGGGUUCAGCUUCUUCCCCGAGAGCCAGCCGGCCCUGCGCAAGCCCUUCGAGAAGAGGAACACCGACCGCCAAGUGCCCCGGAAACAGCUGCUGGGACCGCCUAACUAUGCACUACAGACGGAGGACCACCGGGCGGCGCUGUUGGCCCGAUACGGGCCGGAGAAGCUCUUUCAGGCUGAGAGGAAUUAUAACGCCACUCAGGAUCUGGACAUGUCUCUGCUGGAGGGGGACCUGGUGGGGGUCAUCAAGCAGCAGGACCCCAUGGGUAGCCCAAACCGCUGGCUUAUCGACAACGGAGUCACUAAGGGUUUUGUGUACAGCUCCUUCCUGAAGCCAUACAACCCCCGCAGGAGCCAAUCGGACGUUUCCAUAGGAAGCCACUCCUCCAACGAGUCGGGGUACGGAGGCUCCUCCCCCGUCUUUUCCCGACAGAACAGCAACAGCACCUUGACCUUCAACCAGGAGACCGCAGCCGUGAGCUUCUCCACGGCCCCUCCCCCGAGCGUCUCCGCCCCGCAGGACCCCGCCCCCUCCCGAAAGACCAAUCACAGGGACGCCCCGUCGCCCUGCCGCAAUCCCGCCUAUCAGAGGAGCACGUCCGACUCCUCCCACCGGAGCCAGGCCAAUCACAGGGACCUGCCCGACUCCUCUCACCGGCAUCCCGCCAGAGACCCGUCGGAAUCCUUCCACGGGAACCCGGCCAAUCACAGGGACCUUUCCGAGGACCCGGAGACGAGCUCCUGCUCGUCGAGACCCGGUCAGCAGUACGGGCGAGCCGACCCCGCAGCCUGCGGGUCCACGCAGCGGCGGAACGGAGACUGUGACCCGCCGAGAGGGGCCCCACAGCCCUACGAGGACCUGUCCGACCCCGAGCUGCAGGCCGAACCCGACGGACACCAGAUUUACUACGCCAUCUACCCGUUCAGCGCCCGCUGCGCCAACGAGCUGAGUAUCACGGCCAACCAGCACGUGCGGAUCCUGGAGUUUCACGACAUGAACGGGAACCAGGAGUGGUGGUUGGGCGAGGCGGGCGGUCGCCGCGGUUACGUUCCCUCCAACUACAUCCGCAAGUCCGAGUACACCUGAGCCGCGGGUGGGCGGGACCGACCGACGGGGGGUCAGACUGCGAAAACGAGCCCGAGCCUCGGGAUUGGGCCGGCUGCCGCGGGGGGUGGAGCCAGCGGGUGCCUUAUUUGUGCAGAGCGUCUGCCGUGAGCUGGACUGAACUUCUGUGGGAACUUUUCAGUGCUGCUGACAUGCUACACACAGAUAUAUAGAGAAACGUACCCAUAUAUAUAUUAUAUAUGAUUAUAUUUAUAGGUCUUCUGUUCUUUUAUUUCUGGAGUUCCCGUAAAGGGAGCUUUGGCUCGCCGCCGCCACAAGACUGCGGGUGAAUUGGGUUUUGUGCCGUGGGAACAGAAGCGGUUCUGUUCUAUUGUUUUGUUUCUUCCCCCCUUUAUGAAUUUGCAUUAUGAACAUCAGUAGUUUUCCUGGAAAGAGCAGUCGGGGCCUGGGACUCUGAGCCUUGUGAAUUUUGCAAGGUUUUAUAUCGCAUCCACCUCAAAGCACACAAAUACUUUUUUAGGUUUACGCACGCUUGUGGUGCUGUAUUGUCCUUACGGAGAUCAAGUUCAUGUCCAAAUGCACAAUUCACUCACCUGAACAGUGUGGAGGAGGCACGAGUGAGGUAUGACAGACAGCCAUGGCUACAACAGCGCCGCCCUGUGGGACGGGAGGACGAGUGGCAGGCAUUAAAACUGAGGCAGAAAUGGUUUGGUGUAGGAGACAUUGGGCUCAUUCCAAUUGCUUAUUUACUUUUUUCUUUUCCUUCUCCUUCAUCCUGACCUGAAAAAUUGAUUGAGGUCCGCCAUCUAUAAGGGCAUUCUAACCCGUUAAAUGUCCCUUUUAAAAGUAUUAGUUAGCAACUCCCAAUCAUGAGUGCACCCUUUGCAGAAUAAUUUUUUCAGAAGGUAUAAAUGAUUGUACCUGUGGAUCCACCUUUCCCCAUCUACCAUGCAUCUGCCACCUCUGUCACCGACGUGGCUUCCAACUGACGUUUGGAGGAGCGAGGACAUCCCGAUCGCCUAAUUCACGCUUUCUCGGUUUCCCAGUCUUCACUUUCUUUUUCUAGCCUUUCUGAUGGGUGGAGCUCGGAGUAGAAAAAGGAGCAAGGAAAAGAAAAUGGAGGAGAAAAAUAAGCCAUUGGAAUGAGCCCAUUGUGUUGCGCCCUUCAUAGGCACUUUUGGUCAUCCUUUGAGAAUAUUAAAAGUUCCAAACGUGUAUCGCUAAACUUCAACUGCAAGUGUUAAAGUAACCUUUUCUGAAGUGGAAUGCAGAGUGGAAUUUGAAUUGAAUAUUUCAGUGGAUUUAUUAUCUUCUAAAUUAUCUGUUUUCUUCUGAUGUAUUGUGUGCUUACAGGGCUAUGUCCUUAGUUUGUACCAGACCAAACCAGGUCAAAUACGUAAUCAUUUUGGAUUUAAGUUUUUUUUCUAUGCUUUACUGAGCUUGUCUGGUGUAUUGGAACCUGUGUAAUACUCACAAAAUGUGCCAGCCCCUCAUAGAUGGCUUACAAGGCAAGAUCAAUCAAGUACAGAAAAGUAUUUGAAUUCAAAACAAUUAAGUAUUUGACCCAGGUCUGGUUUGUGCUCGGGACAUCCAGUUCAGCUAUUUCACAGGGUUUUCAAAAUGUUUUUACAUAAACCGGCUGCGGCGUGGCAUAAAGUAUUAAUAACAUCGCCGUAAAAACUGGCCCCAGUGUCCCUAAAUCAGCAAACUCCGCCACUUACAGUACAGUCCUUCUGCUGUAAGCAGCUUUUCUUUAAGAAUAGUGUAUUUUUGCUAGCCUUUCAGUUUCUCUUUCUUUCCUCUUUCCAAAAUAGCAGAAAAGCUGUGUAAGUCGGCACGGUGGAAGUUUAGAAAGGAGAGACAAUGCCUAGAGUGCUGUGGUUGAAGUAUUUAGUUAUCGGAUUGGAUCCCAAGUCAGGUCAAAGAUUGGCAGAACCCGACUGUCUGUGGAGUGUUGAAAUACAUAUAGCUCAAGUUGUCUCCGGGCAACUGUUCCCAGUGGGCUUGCAGUUAGGUGAUGUUAGACCAGGGGUGCACAACUACGGUCCUGGUUUUUGUUCCAACCAAUUACCUUAAUUUAUUUUUCGGACAGCUCUAGAAAUUAUGUUUGUUCACUCCUGUACUUGAGCACAGUACAAUCUUUAGGAUACACUAGCAGUCUGCAGCUGCUCCAUAUACAAAUGUCUGAUCAAAAUAUUAUUUAGCCAAUGAAAAAAUUAAGAGCAGAAGUUGGCACAAAAUCCUGAAGUGGAUCGGCCCUUGCUGUGCACCCCUGUGCUAGACUAAGAGCAGAAUGAUGUCAUCACCGACCGAGCGUGCUUUCGAGCCAAAAUCCCGAGUGAAAACGAAGAAGGAACUCUGCUGAAUGGAGCUGGACCAAGAAAUCCUGUGAAAUGCAAUGCGAUUUGUAUGCCAAAAUAGGGAAGGAAAAUUAUUUUGCUCUUGCAGAAUUGGAGCUGGUGCGAGAGCGCCCUCCAGUGGCCACAUUCCCUCACUAAUCAUAUCCAUCAUGCCGUGUCUGGAGAUGCGUUCACGUCUGUGUCAAGUGAUUUUUUUUUCAUUUGAAUAAAAACAAAUCAGUUAUUCUGAUAAUAGAUGCCUUGGAAAA